CAGAAAGGCAGGGAUCAAGUCAAGAGCAACCAGGGCAGAAAAACGAGAGCAUCACAAGGAACAAGAGAGCGCGGCACUAGGACAAGGAGAGGUCCAACACAGUGUAACACGGUCCACCAUGCCGUCAACACCCUACUCAGCUUCUGCGGCUGCCACGCCUAUCGCUUCCGCUAAACGUCCAAAAAGAAGGGCAAACCAAGCCAUCAAUAGCUCCUCACCAGUUCGACGAGCGGCUUUGGGCGGAGACGUCGUUUCCGCCACCAAGGGCAGCGAUGAUGGAAACGCAGCGGGGACAGCAACGGGCGAAGGGGGGAGCUCGUUCUCCUGUGAGGGUGGGGGCGGUGCAAGCACGAGCGACACCAAGACUAACACUACGCCGUUGGGAAAGCGGGCUGAGGAGGGGCAGGGGGCGGAAGCAGCGAACGGAGGACCUGAGGCACCGAGCCCGACCAAAGCUCGCAAGGGAAGCACGUCGGCAACUCCUCGCAGUAGCGGUUUGUGUGACAGCAGACGAUCGCAGCAACAGGGCGAGGGGAAGGGCAGGAGUUCUAGUCUGGGCGGGGCUGCAGAGGUAGAAGGAAAGAGGUUGGAAGGAGACGGAGACCACCAAGACCAAAAUAGGCACAAGCCCAAGGAGAGCUCCAUCUUUUCCCCAGCGCUGAUCCAAAGCCAAGAGGAGGCACGAGACCAAGCUCCCGCCUCAACCGUGGGUGCAGUAGCGGCGGCGGCGGUGGCUGUGACCGAGAAGCACGAUAGACCUGAUGGUGAUGGCGACCAUGUCGGUGCUGCCCAUGCUGGGACGACCGCCUCUUCCUCAUCCGCUGUUGCUGAGCCUCUGUCCAAGAAGGGAAGAACAGCAUCACCAUCGCCACCCAACCGCCAGGGGAAAGGAGGGGAGGCGGCGGCUGCGGCAGCGCCAUCAACAGGGGAGCAGAGGACCGACGGUGCCGGUGAAAAGCCGAAGCACGGGGGGGGCAAUGAACACGACGGAGCCCCGGGGUUGGUGAAUCGCGAGGAUGAUGACGGAGGGGUGGAUGGAGUGGUGGAGGUGGAGGAGGUGGAGGAGGAGGAAGACGAGGAAGAGUUCAAUCCGUACUGCUUUAUUGCGCAUCUACCGCCUUACAACACUGUCAAGCACCACACGCCAGAGGCACCUGCCCUGCCGGAAAAGCGCAAGACUCGGCACGGCAAGGAACUGACUCUGGUAUUGGACCUCGACGAGACCUUGGUGCACUGCACGGUCGAUCCCAUCGUAAACCCGGAUCACAGGUUCGAGGUUCACUUCAAUGGGGAGGAGUUCCAGGUGUACGUACGUAAGCGACCGCACCUGGACGCGUUCCUGGAGGCCGUCUCGGAGCUGUUCGAGGUGGUGGUCUUCACGGCGAGUCAGCAGGUCUACGCCGAGAGGUUGCUCAACAUGAUCGACCCACAAAAGAAGUUCGUCAAGUACCGCCUGUACCGUGAUGCAUGCAUGGCGCUAGAGGGCAACUACCUCAAGGACCUGAACGUGCUGGGGAGGGACUUGUCCAAGGUGGCCAUCGUGGACAACUCCCCUUACGCGUACGGGUUCCAGAUUGACAACGGCAUCCCUAUCGAGAGUUGGUUCGACGACAAGUCGGACGAGGAGCUUCUGCACCUGCUUCCCCUGCUCAAGCAGCUCAUCAGCGAGAGCGAGACCGCUGGAGGCGACGUUCGGCCCUUCAUCCGGAACAUCUUCAAGACACAUGAGCUGGUUGACAAGGCUAGGAACGGAGAUCUAGACGUCGGGUCCCCUUGUUUGGCACCAGCUUCGAGCAGCAACGUGGAGGCGGCGGAUAAGAAGCGAGAAGCAGCGGCGCCGGCAGCGGCAGCCGCGCCUACAAGAGGAGAGAGCAAGGGAGAAGAUGAUGCACUCACCCACGCCGUGGCUGCCGAGUGAUGGUGAGAGAGAGGAUGGCUUGCCGUCUUGCUUCACGGCACGUCGAGUGGGGCAAGAAUUACUUGGUAGGCUCUCCGAGCAAGAUUGUAAGAAGGCGUGUUGAUGCUACUG